AUGGUCGUCCCCGCAAUCCCCACAUCCCAGAAGGUAGCAGCGAUCACCACCUUCUCUGACCCUCCCAUUCUCUCCGUCCUCACAGACUACCCCGUCCCCGACCCGGCCACCCUCCUCCCCUCCCAAGCCCUCAUCCGCAUCACCCACUCGGGUGUCUGCCAUUCCGACCUCCACAUCGCCGCAGGUCAUUGGCCUGCAGCGCCCCCGCCCCUCGUCGGCGGUCACGAGGGCGUCGGCAUCGUCGUUGCAUUCGGCCCUGGUGCAGAGCUGACCGACGGCUCCAUCAAGAUCGGCGCGCGCGUUGGCGUCAAAUGGCUUAUCGACGCCUGCGGUCGCUGCGAGCUCUGCAGGAGAGGCUCUGACCCUCUCUGCCCAUUCAGAAAGCUCUCCGGUCUCACCGUCGAUGGCACCUUCUGCGAGUACAUGGUCGCUUGGAUCGACCACCUGAUCCCCAUCCCGGACGGCGUUUCUAGCCAAGAUGCCGCUCCCAUCCUCUGCGCGGGCCUCACCGUUUACAGCGCCCUCAAGCGCGCCAAUCUUGCCGUAGGCGACUGGGUUGUCGUCCCGGGCGCAGGUGGCGGCCUCGGUCAUCUCGCAAUCCAAUAUGCUCUCGCCAUCGGUCUGCGCGUAGUAGCGAUCGACUCAGGCGCAGAGAAGAAGUCUCUGUGCCUCGCCCUGGGCGCUGACCAGUGGAUCGACUUCAAAGAGACCAGCAGCGUCCCAGAUGCCGUCAUCUCCAUCUGUGACGGCCUCGGCGCACACGCCGCCCUCGUCACGUCUCCCUCGACUGCGUCAUACUACGACGCGCUCGCCUACCUCCGCCCGAUGGGCACGCUCAUGGCCCUCGGCGCGCCCAUCGCGUUCACAUUCAACGUCUCGCUCGACCUCCUCGUCGUCAAGGGCUUACACAUCGUCGGUUCCAUCUUGGGGAACCGUCAGGACGCGCACGAAGCCCUCGACCUCGUUGCGCGCGGCAAGGUCAAGUCGCACCAGAUCCCCUGCAAGCUCGAAGACAUCAACACUGUCUUCCGCGAGAUGGAAACCGGGACAUCUGUCGGGCGCGCUGUGAUCCAAAUGGAGCAUUAGAGCCUUGCCUAUAUCAGCCGGCCGCGAAGUUCGCGGGGUAUGCAAGUGUGCCUGAGCUGGAAUGCACGGCAGUGGCAGCUACAGAAAUUUCUGAGUGACGGUUGUGGCAUCUUCCAAUUGUGUAUGAAUAUGCGAAUGUACGGCGCCAUCCAAACUAACUCUGUGAUUCAAGACGUGGAUCAACAUAUGAACG